AUGGCUCCAAAAAGACUACGUGGUAUUCUGGCAUACUGCGUUUCAUUUUCUUUUACAUUUCACAGGGAUCAACAUCCUGGGGUUCAGGAAUUGAUGAUGACUAAUAUCCGCAACUUGCAAGCCUUUGCGUUAUAUAUUCAGAAGACAGAUGUCAAGUUUGACCUGUUUUCCGUGACCAAGGAAAUGGAGAAACGGGUGCAAAACAUUGAUGAAUUUGCAAUAUUAGCUUUCAACUUUGUGAGGGAGGCUGAAGCUAUGGCAAGAAUUCGUCAUUUCCUUUGCCAAAAUAACAAAAAAUCCCGUGUUGGGCUACCUUGUGUGAUACGAGACAUGGUCAGCAGGUAUGCUCAGGUUGCAUUGCUUGAUUAUGGGCAAGUGAAGGAUCUUCCUGAUGAACUGAGGCUUGGAUAUGCUAAGUUGGUUCUUGCAAUUGCCGAUACUGAUCCUUUAAGGGCAUCAGAGAGCUACUGGUUUUAUAAUUUGCCUGAAACAGAAGAGAAUUUGUGCGGUGUCUGUUACCUUAUCAUGGUUGCAGUUGGCGAUGAAAUGGCAGAAAUUGGAGAAAUCAGUUACUGUCCUUUGUUUGGGACUUUGGGUAGCAGCGGAGACCACCUUGAAAAUAAUAUAUCCCUUGGCAUACCUGGUGAAAGAUACCAUAUCCUUCAUAGGCUAUUAACCAUUCAACCAGAACUAGUGGCUGAUUUUUCUCUUGAAAUCGAGACCUUGAGCAAAUGCGAGAAUGAACAAAAGGAAGUGCUUAGGCUGGCGCAGACAAUGUUUGACAUAAAAUUAUCCCCCGGAGUUACAAUGCGGCAACCUUUCGCAGAAGAAUUUUCAAUCAAAAAGAUUGCUGUUAAG